GCAUAACUUGGGAGGAUGAUCGACGACAUACGCAGCUGCUAUCGAGAUGAGACGCUUGGUUUGAUUCGUUAUUGGGCAACUCUCUUCGAAUUAUCUGACAAAGUUAUUCACAAGGUGUAUUGGAUGGACAUGUUUGAGGUGGAAGCGGCUCGCACAGUAUCAUCGCUCUACCUGUUGCUAAUCUCCGAGCAAAGUAAUAAUAAGUAUCGAGACAAUGUGCCAUCACUUCAUCCGGUGCUUCUAAUUAUCUACACAUUCGGGUAGUCUCUCGUGAAAGAGACUGAAAAAAGGAUUUAUCAUGGCGGCUCUAGUCGCUCCCAAUUUGCCAAAGACCAUGAGAGCAGCCAUCGUCAAUGAGUUUCACAAACCAUAUCAGAUCCAAGACUCAUAUCCGCGACCUGAAGUCGUCGACGGUCAUGAUAUUGUGAUCCGCGUGGCGGCCGCUUCAUUCUGCCACACCGAUAUAAUGGUACUGGAUGGACAAUUUUCGAGAUCGCCCAAGCAGCACGCCGGCUCCCACGAGCCCACUGGAACAAUCGUCAGUCUGGGCGCAGACGCAGCUGCUCUUGGAUUCAAGCUCGGUGACCGCAUUGCCGCACUUGGAUGGCGUGGUCUUUGCGGAGAGUGCGUCGACUGCAAGGGCCCAAUCGAGAAGCGCUACUACUGUCGGUUUAUGAAGGGAUAUGUUGGAACCACCCUGCCUGGGGCAUUUUCAGACUUCACCGUCGUCGAUGCUCGCUAUGCGGUCGUUCUUCCGGAUACAAUGAGCUUUGUUACCACUGCUCCAUUGACUUGUGCAGGAGCCACUGCGUGGAGAGCGGUUCAGUCCACAAAGGCGCAGCCGGGCGAAUGGAUCGGUAUGGUUGGUAGCGGAGGUGGUUUGGCUAUUGGGGAUGACAAGAUCAAGGCGACCGUCGUACUGUCAGACCACGACACGGCGUGUGAUACCGCUUGCGCAAUCACUCGACCUCAUGGGACCAUCAUUCAGGUGGCUCAGCCUCAGCGAGUGUCGUUUCCCUUUCGCGCCAUCAUCUUCAAGGACCUGCAUUUCGAAGGCUCGUUGGUGUCAGGUCAGAAAGAACUCGAAGACAUGAUCCAUUUCGUGUUGAAGCACAAGAUUCGUGUCAAGACCAACAUUUACGAGGGUCUCGGCUCUGUCAAUCUCGUGGUUGAUGCUGCGCAUUCGGGGAAAGUGAGCGGGAAGCUGGUGGUAGUCUUGGAUCGCGCGGCUGUCGAAGCUGACAAGGCCAAAGAUUGCUGGUAGGAUUUGAUGCUGGAGAUCAACAUUAAUCGUUACUGGUCUCAUUGAAGAAGAGAGGUGGAAAAAGCAUGGAAAAUUACUCGCAAAGACGGAACAGCUGUGCAGGUCAUCUUGCGAAAUCAGUAUGCGUACCAUCUAUACUGUGUGAAUUAUUGGAGAGCACUGCUUCAUCGUAGCCGUUGAGCACAUGUUUGUGGAAGAUAUCUCGGCCGUCAUACUCGUUGCUGAAACUGGCAAUGUACAAUCUCUCUAUAUUUGCGCAUAGCAGAACAAGGACUGAGAAUAGAAGCAAUGGAUAGGUAGAAGCUCAAUGAGUGGCACUAUGUAUCAAGCAUGUCGCCAAAAUGCAUGU